AUACCCCAUUUUCGCAUUCGGAUCUUCUCCUCCCACCAUCGCCUCCUCACUAUAUAUAAAAUAAAAAAUAAUAAAAAUAAAAAAGAAAAACCGUCAAAACGUCGUCGCAGCGAGAGCGUCCUCAUCGUCUUCGGAUUUAUAAGGCUAAAGAUGCUCCCUUGAAGUAAUCGAUUUCCCUGGAGCUGAAGCUGUGAUACUUGUGGUUCAGACAUAGCCAUAGGGCUGUAAACUGAUUAUAGUUGGCGUGUGGAGGGGAAGAGUUGAAGGACUCCAAAUUGAGCUGCUCCAAUCUGCUUCUGGUAGAAAGGAAGUAUUGUUUUUCAUGCUUGUUAGUAGUUAGAAUAUGAAGCGUAAGCGUGGGCACAAGAAAGGCAAGGCAAAAAGGCCUCCUGUGAUGGGUGCCAAUGACACAUUUCAAAAUGCUGUUAGUCUAAAUAUUGAAGAUAAUUCUGGUUUGGAUGAUUAUGAUAAUGCUGAGUUUGACUCUGGAAUGGAGGUUGAUACACCUUCCUCAACGGGGACAGAUCAGCCAGAUAAAGUUGCAUAUAUCAACCCCGGUGGAUUAAUUGAUAAGCCAGUGGAGAAAUCAGGUUAUGGGCGUGUUAAAGUAAAGCUUAAGACUUCAAAAAUGUUAGGAUCUCAACUUACUUCUUCAACACAAAGUGAUACUGAUAAGAGUAGCCAGCAAGUAGGUUCAGAGAAACAAGGAAUAGUUUCUGAGAAAAUGGAAGAUAGUGCAAAUUCAGUGCCUGGAGUGAAAAUAGCUGUUUCCGGGAAUCCAUCAAAGAAAGCUGGAAGCAUAAAGAUUAAGUCGUCAAGGGGCCUGGGUUCAAGUGUAAGUCAGACUAGUAAUGCUGUGCCUAUGCAUGGUGAGAGGUCACACCAAAAAGAACCAAAACUACCUCAUCGGGGUCCUCGAUAUGAUAAGGAAGAAUUAAAAGCUGCGCUAGUGGUGAUUAAAAAGGUUAUGAAAAUGGAUGCUGCUGAGCCCUUCAAUGUUCCUGUAAAUCCUGUUGAAUUGGGAAUACCUGAUUAUUUUGAUGUCAUUGAUACACCAAUGGACUUUGGUACGAUAUACGACAAUCUUGAAAAGGGUGUUAAGUACAUGAAUUCAGAGGAUGUGUUUAAGGAUGUGCAAUACAUUUGGGAAAACUGUCAUAAGUAUAACAAUAAGGGCGAUUAUAUUUUGGAGCUUAUGAAGAGGGUAAAAAAGAACUUCACAAAGUAUUGGACAUCAGCUGGGUUGCACAGCGAACAACCAAGGAGAAUGAACGAUGCUGCACCUGAGCAAGAUUCUGUUUUGGAAGGUUUGCCUCCGGAAGGUCCUUCUGUAAGGGAUAAAGCUAUUGUAGCAACUGGAAGAAAGACUGAUAUGCUUGCAUCCAAGGAGGAAAUUGUUGAAACUUCAAGCAUAAAUGGUUUUGGAAGCAUUCAAGCAGAGGAUUUUGUGCCCUCCAGUCAAGGAAAGAUACAUAUCAAAAGCAGUCAAUUGAAAAAUAAGAAACAGAAGCGGCAGGGAGUGAAGCGCCAUAAAAACGACUGUCUGUGUGCUAUAUGUAUUAUGAAGCGCCGGAAACGGGAGCGCUUGAAGAUGGCUCAAGUAAUCAGAACUAGUGAUGGUAAUCAGUCUCAAGAUUUCAAGCAAGAGGGAACCUUCCUCAUAGAAAGUCCAGGUGAUGAUGAUACAUCAUCAAAUAUGGAUAAUUCUCUAGAUCCAGAGGCAGAUGCAGACUUGAUAGAAAAAGGAGAAGAGGUGAAAUCUGAGGCAGCUGAACAACAAUAUAGCUCUCAACUUGAGAAUCAGGAGAAUGAGAGUGAGAAUGAGAUUCGAAAGAAUGGUGAGGGUGAAACUUCAGAACAGUCACAACUUGGUGAUAGAACUGGGGAGGACCCUAAUUCACAGACUCCGACACAAAUUGCGGAAAGUGGUGCAAUUCCAAAAAAGAAAGAGGAGAAAUCAGUGCAGAAUGAGGAAGAAGCUGCAGCUGCUGAGCAACAUAAGCGGAAGAUGGAUGAAAAAACUAAAAUGUACAAAGAAUUCCUCCAAGCCGAAAAUCCUAUGCUUCUGGAGUUAUGUGGAACCCUCUUUCCCAACAAUCGCAGCUCUGCCUGGAGCAGGCCUCAUUCACUGGUUCAACAUCCAGGUUCUGAACGCGGUAGCUCCGUUCAUUCUGCUAUUGCAACACUCAUGAUGAAGUAGGAUUCUCAGUCUGGAUCUUGGGUGAGCUCAUUCUGCCAUAGAAUAAUCGAGUUGCAGCUGAGCUAGUUGUCUUCAGGUCCCCGAGAGAAACAGAAUAAAGACACAGGUGCUGUGGAUUGGAGAAAAGCUAACAUGAACACCCCAUGAAUCCAUGGUUGUUUUUGUUCUUCAGAGUAAAAGAGUGUUUCUCACAAAGCAGACCUGAUGAGAUGAUUCAUAUUAUAGUUUGUUGCUAUUAUUUUCCAGGUGAGAUGAGAGGUUAGUGUCAUUAAUUUAAUUUAAGUUCAUCUUUUUACUCUGGAAGAAUCAUAAUUUGUGAAUUUAUGGGUGUGAUGUACAAGUUGAGGAAGAAUUAGACUUAUAAUUUUACGGCUGGAUGAAGUCUGAACACAAUUGCAUUA